AUGGCCGACUACUGGCAACCCCAGUCGUCCUUUGCGAACCCUAACUGGGUUCAAGGCAACCAGUCUUGCUGGCGCUCCUCGACAUUUCGUGACUUGAUUCAUGCUUUCCCUAAACCCAAGCGGACGGGUCGAGUGAUGAAACCCCGCAGCGCUGGGAAUAGUCCUUCGUCUGCCGGCAGACGGCGCACAGCAACCAUCCCUUACAGUUCGCCCAUGUACCAAGGCUACCAGGCUCCCGUCAACACUGCCUUUGUGGCCUCUGCACUUGCCCGAACUGGCCAAAACCGUCCCACAAGUUGGCAUCCGGCUUUGGAGCCUGUUAGCUAUCCAACUGCCCAGUAUGUGCCAGCUACCACGGCGUUGGAUAACCUUGCCGCCAUUGGCGUGUGCCCUCAGCCACUGCCCACUGCUCCUGCCACCUUCGACAACUCUUCCAUGUUGCCGUCCUACACCCCGGCAGAUAUGCCAUGCUCGGAUCUGGGGUUCCCUCCCCUCCCCGACGCACAGCAUCAGAUGUCGCUUCAACAGUCUACCUUGCUCCAGCUGAACGACUCGCAGGCUGAGCCUGUCUCUUGGGACGCCAAUGCGUCUACCUUGUCAAUGGCAGAACCUAUGUCUGACUGCUACUCCUUCGACAUGUCAUCUAUGCACAACAACAUUCCUCCAGUCUACGUCGCAGGUUCGAGUUACGAGAGUGUACCGUCCUCGGGCUGCUUGACUGGGCCUCCUACGCCCGACUUUCUACCUAUUCAGCGGCCUGACGACGACCUGCAUUCGCAGGUAGAGCCCUUGCCAGAGAAGCAGCAUGAGGACGAGCUUGUUGGAAUGGGUCUUUACAGCAACCCGGAGGCUUCGUUGGGAAACUCGCUCUUAGGGCUUUCUGGCAAGGGACUUAAGUUGGAGGAGACUUUCACCCCGUCUUCCGACAAUGAAGCCGAAGACCAGGAGGAUGAUGAGGAGGACCAGGACGAUGACGACGACGAUGAUGACGAACAAAAUCAGGAGAGCCCCGUCAACAGCAAGGGCACUGACUUAAACCCUAAGCAGUCGGAAGCUGGGACUUUUCAACAACCGAUCAAAGCACCUGGAAACAUGAUGCAAAGAUCCUUUUUCUUUGAUGACGACGACCUCGAGCAGCAUGCCGUGGUCGAUUCCCAGCCAUUCAUUAACAUGGCCAGCCAACCCUGUAUGAAUUAUGGAUAUGGAUGGAUUUGA